ACCCCGCUGCCCGCCCGUCCGCCCAUGCCGCGGAAAGCGCUGCGCUGCGUCCUGCAGCUGGAGCUUCGCUCGAUAACUUGUCCUGGAGUGCUGCUGAAAGACAAACAGGAGCUUUAUCUCGGAGUCUUUGUACUGGGGCAGUACAACAAAACUGAAUGUGUCCCUGCAGUGUUCCCACUCUUCUUUCAAGAGAGACUAGUAUUUGAAAAGGCAUUUGCUAAUAUAGUUGAUCCUGGAGACCUUAUGAAGUUACUGGAGUUUGACACAGCAGUACUUGAACUAAUACAGCUCGUUCCUCCAGUGGGAAAAGUUCUAGCUACAUACGAAGAAAAUACAAGAGAUUUCCUGUUCCCUGACCCUAAGCUUACCCAUGGGCACCGUGGUUUGGUGCGUGAGAUUUUAAUGAAGAGGUCCCCGUCUUUCACAGGAAUUGCACCAAAAUUGAGAUUUUCUACAAACUCCCUUAUUUCAGACAGUCUGUUAAGCUUAGGAAGGAGUCACAUACAGGCUGAUAUGAACUGGGUGCAUCAUUCAGCCCUAAAUGGAAAAAUGCAGACAAAGCUACCAAAGAAAAGCCCUCCUUUGGCUGAGAAGGGCAGGCAGAGCUCGGCAGUGAGGAGCUACGAGCAGCCCACCAUCGCCUCCAAGUCGCACUCCCCCUCCCCGUACACCAAGCGCCGCAUGUGCGAGCUCUCGGAGGAGGCCAGGCAGAGACUGGCCCACCUGAACCUGGGGCCUCACGAGUUCAGGAGAGACACUGACAAACCUCCCUUUGUCAUCAGACGGGUUGGACAACCAAGUCCUGGCAUUAAACUUCAUCCCUGGUGUUCCCUGCGAGAAAGCACAGCAGAAGCCUGGCCCAAGGCACCCCAUGGAAAAGGAAGAAUGCUUAAUAACAUUUUUCUUUCUCCAGAUCCUUCCCCUCUCAACAGCUACAGACCCAGGAAAACUGAAGCAAAAUCUACCAGUGGAAAAGGCUUGGACAGUUCUGCUCUUUGCAAGGAGGAUGUGAGCCCAGAUCCAUCCAACAGGGAGUCCCAUUCUGCUGCUUCUUUGGAGCAUUCAGCACCUCCAGCAGGUCAGGAGCCUUCUCCAAGUUCUGUGCUGAACCGAUCUUCUCUGAGGGAAAGAUUUAGCACUGGUUGGCCUUCACCAGCAAAUGGAGAUGAGAUCCAUAAAAGAGUGAAAAAUAUUUUAAGGACACACAGUGCUAGACAGCGCCUAGUAUUUGAUGAUUUGCCUCAGACAAGAGAACCUCCUUCAGUUUAUGUGCCCUUAACCAUGAGUGAGCUGCAGAGCAGUUCUCCAGUGCAGCAGAACGCUCCUGUUCACUUGGAUAAUGGUGAAUGUUGGUCUGGUCCUGCAGCUGUGUACAAAGAGAAGCCUCACAGAGCAAUCUUGGAGGAGACUCUCGCAAAAAUAUAUGGAAACAUGUACCAAAAAGCUGCUGGUGCUGUUUCAGACCACAAAACACAUUCCUGA